CACGAACUAUAGAGUCCAUCUCUGGCCGUUGCCAACAUUGGACCCUAGGUGUCUUUGAAACUCCACACUUAACCGAGAUUUUAGUGCACUGAGCAAAAACUCGAGCAUCAAAACAAAAAUGAAGAUGCAGCUUCUGCUGUUGGGAUGCUGCGCCACUCUGGCGAUCUGCUUCCCGGCAUCAGGAGUGUCGUCAGGAGGCCUCGGACCAUCAGACCCCAUCUACAGAAGUGGUCUGCAGCGCAGCACUGCGGACGCCGCCGGGCGACGUCUGUAUCGAGAUAAUUCUGAAGUAAACAUCACGGAAGACGAAAAAAUCGUUCAAUAUAGAAGAAAACAUAGCAAGAAAGGCAGCAAAGGUGGUAGCAAAGAAGACAGCAAGGACAUUAGCGAGGAAGGCAGCAACGAAAGAAGUAAGGAAGGUAGCAAGGAAGGUAGUAAGAAAGGCAGCAACGAAGGAAGUAAGGAAGGCAGCAACGAAGGAAGUAAGGAAGGCAGCAACGAAGGAAGUAAGGAAGGCAGCAAUGAUGGAAGUAAGGAAGGAAGUAAGGAAGGCAGCAACGAGGGAAGUAAGGAAGGCACCAAUGAUGGAAGUAAGGAAGGCAGCAACGAGGGAAGUAAGGAAGGCAGCAAUGAUGGAAGUAAGGAAGGAAGUAAGGAAGGCAGCAACGAGGGAAGUAAGGAAGGCAGCAAUGAUGGAAGUAAGGAAGGAAGUAAUGAAGAGAGCAACGAAGGAAGUACGGAAGGCAGCAACGAAGGACACAGCGAGGAAAGCGGAACCACCGGCUUUUCGAACGUCACCACGGACGGAACACUUGUGACCGACUUCCCUACCAGUGGUGGCAGCGUGACAGUUCACGACUUUGGUAACUUCACCGAGGAAGAUGGCCAACUUAGCUCUUAUUCUACGGACGGGUACACAACAACAGAUGAAGAUCACAUAUCUGAAGGAGAUUGUGGAAGCACUGAAAGUGGUAGUGAUGAUAGUGGCACCAUAGAGAGUAACAGUGACGAGAGCGGCAACGGAGACGGCAACGGAUGGUGCGUGUGUGGAAGCGAUUCAAGCGACGAUGAUAACCACGGGUCUGGUAGUGGGGGCUAUUGGCCUCAGAAAUCAGGCAAUGACUUCUUGAACCUGGAAAUCGACUUAACCGUGGCCAAGCCUUACUAGACAAGUUUCUCCCUGUAGGUGCACGAAUGAAACGAGAUCUGAUGCGCUUGCAACUGUAACCAUUAAACCAGCUCGGCUUUUGGAACAUGCGUUUUAAACCUCUGAAAAUUUAAAACUUAUCUCAUUCAAAAUUAAAUCAUCAAUUCUGCUGAAAUUGGACUUUUAAUACCAUGUGAUUUAUUCUUCGUUGCGGGCUUAAAAAGAUUUUUUG